GUCUUCCUCGCGUUCUUCAGCUCAUCACAGGACGACUGAAGCUCCAGACGUCAGUAUCAGGUGGUCUUAAUCUUCAUCAUCUACAUCAUCUCAUUGCCUUCACCAUGAAGACUGUGGCUGCCCUUCUUUGUGCCGUGAUGGCUCUGACUAUAGCUGCUGCUCUCGCAGAGGAACAGCCUGGACAAGAACCAACAGGUGAGCUUCAGCUGGUCAAGAGGUCUUGUCACAACCGUUGGACUCGCUGCAACGGUCGCUGGUUCCGCUACAUUCCAACAGCGAUGACGUGGGCUCAUGCUGAGAGAAACUGUCUUGCCCUGGGUGGACACCUCGCGUCUGUUCACAACCUCCGGGAGUACCGGACCAUCCAGAUAAUCAUCUUCAAAUCCAGUUUUCACCAUCAUGUGACAUGGAUUGGAGGCUCUGAUGCAAAAUCGGAGAAGAAAUGGGUCUGGAGUGAUGGGACUUGUUUUGACUACACCAACUGGGCCUGUGGAGAGCCGAACAACCAUUGCAACCAACAGCAUUGCCUUCAAAUGAACUUUGGAGGUCAAAAGGCCUGGGAUGACGUGCAGUGCUGGAGUAAACGUCCAUCUGUCUGUGCCAAGUGAACCUGAUCCCUGGACUGAUAGCGAGUUCAUUAAGAAUAAGGGAGUGCAAGCUUUCAAAUACAUGUGAUUGUAUUCAUAUCUAUUCUUUUCUUUUCUAUCGCUGUAACGCUACAUAAGGAACAAUACGACAGGUGACACAAGCUGGAUGGUGUUUGAGGCCUUGAGCCUCAACAAGAGUGGUUUAUGCAAAGAAUGCUUAUAGCACAUCCUCACAUGUAUUCUACAUGAAUAACCUUUCUUUCUUUAUGCAUUAAUAAAAAGCUCAAGCAUUGAAACAA